CCUGUCAUAAAUGAAGUUCAAUAUGAAGGUUAUAUACACGCGGUCCCAUUUACACUUUUUGGCGUAAUGUAAAUACACCAUUUGACAAAGUUUACCACUAACAGCUAAGAUUUUGGGUUCGAUUAUAUAACACGAUUUUUCUUUGUUAAUUUUGAAAUACGAAUUAGACUUUUACUGCAGUAUGGCUAAAUCAUUAAGAAGUAAGUGGCGACGAAAAUGUCGAGCAGUGAAACGUGAAAGAUAUCAAGUCAAAGAACUUGAGCGCUUGAAGAAAACUUUAGGAAUAGUUGAAAACAGCAACCCAUCAGAUGUUCAAAUGGAACCUGUUGCAGAUAUUGUAACUAUAACAAACAUUAAAGACAAGAUAUCCAAAAAGAAAGAAAUUAACAAAACCCAAAAUGCUGAGACGCCCAAUAAGGAAACAGAAGUAGAGGAAAUGGAUACUAAUAAAGUUGUGAGGGUUUAUAAUAAACGCACAAUGAGGGAUCAGUUUGGAAAUUACCCCCCUUGGAUGAGUAAGCGGAGCAUUCGCGACAAGAAACGUUUAAAAAAAGGGAAGAAACCUACUAAGAAAUGAUUUGUUGAAUAAGUGUAUAAGAAAAAUGACAUCAAAUUUAAUACAUAAUUACUCUAAAGGAUGCUAAUAAAAACAAAAUGUUAUACC